GAUGAGGUCUAGACCAUGCUAAGCACUACUUUUGUGCUAUGGGACGUUGGAUAUCCCUUAUAUACCUAUGGUUCUAUUUUUAUUAUUAUCCUAAUUAUCUGGCAAGUGAAAAAGAACUACCAUAGAAUAUUGGAACCUACAAGAAGCUGCUGCCGGCGUCAUAAGAAAGUUAAAAAGAAGGAAAGAUGUGCAACAUCAAAAGGUAGGAGACAUUUCCGUGAAGAUAAUGAGAAGCUGCUUUCUGUGAUUAAGAGCCAGGGCUGGCUUCCUCAGGAGGGAAGUGUGCGGAGGCUCCUGUGUGCAGAUCCCAGCUGUGACAUCUGCAAUAAUGUGGCUCUGGACAUUCAUCAGCUGCUGACAGGUGAGCAAAUGCUGACCUCACAAAAUGCACUGAGGCCAUCACAGAGCUCUGCACGCCUAGAAAUUAUGUCCAAAUCUACUAUAACUUUUGAGCAGAGCCCAGAGGAUCACUUUGUGUCACAUUCAGAGGAGCUGACACUUUCAUCUGCAGUCCCUGUGGAAUCACACAUCAAACACCAGAACUCCUUCACCCAGUUGUGUGUCCGAUCACCUAGUGCAUUGAGUAUCCAAGAUUACUGGUCUGAUUGUGACCAGGUAACACAGAAAUUUCAAGUUACAGAAGUGGGCUAUGAUCCUGAGACUAGAUUUUCUUCAGAACCUAAGGAGUCUGAAAUUUCAGCAUGCCAGCAGGAAGCAAUGAUGAAAGCCACAGACAUUUCUGAGAACCAAAAACAAGAGGUUGAGAAUUCCGCUAUCUCAGUUUAUAUACCUUUGACAGUGAACCAAGACAUAACUGCCAAAGCCCUGACACACCCUAUGUCCUUGCACAUGGUUGCUGCACAUCCUAAUUAUCCACCAAAUCUAAGUCCUGAAGUCCUGAGACUUCUUGAGAUGCAUGUGAAAAAAUGGAUGCAUUUCCAGAGAUGGGGGCUUCCUAGGCGUGUGGAGGAAUCAAUGAGGCAAUUUAUGCCACACCCACCAACGUUUUUCCAGUCUAAAAACAACCAAUCAGUUUCUUUCAUGCAGGAGGAAACUGCUGGGUUCUCUGUAGAAAAUUUUGGAGGUAUUUCAUAUAAGACCUGGGGUUCAUGUAUGGCUGGCCAGCCCACCCAGGCAUUCUGGGUUUCAGAAUGGUCCAUAAUUGACCAAGCACAUAAAUAUCACUAUCAGCAAAUCCAAAAUCAUCUAGCUGUAGUUUUACACUCUCCAACUUUUAAAGACUUAAGUGGAAAAAAGAUGAAUAAUCCAGUGAAUCAUUUGCAACAGAAAUACAGACAGCUAUUCUGUGGUCUCCCUUCUUUGCAUAGUGAGUCUCUGGUAGUUAAUAUCUUGGAUUCUCAAGGAUUCUCUUUGAAUGAAACCAUGUCCAAGCUGCCCAUAAAGGAUCCUUUCAUCUUACAGGAGCUCUCUAUUCUCCCCUUGCCACCUAAAACACCACCCAAAUCAUCUGAACCCUCUCCCCAUUCUUCCUCAAAUGAGGUCAAUCCAUCAGACAACCAACCACCUCAGAUCAAUGUCCCAUUUUUGACUCUGGCUGAGUGUGAAGACUUAGAGUGGCACGUGCUACAGAAGCAGCUCCAACUGCAGUGGGGCUUGCCAGCAAUUUUCCAAAGAUCUCAGCGUGUCCCCAGCCCCAUUCUAUGUAGGCCAUAUGACAAAACCCAGUCCCCUGAAAUGGUGAAAACUUCUUGGGCAGAGAAGCACAACUCAGUCCUUCCGGAGCACUCGAGAAGGCCACUGGAUUUUCACUUCCAGAGGCAGUUGAGUCAACAUCGUUGGGGCUUGCCCUCAAAGAUUCAGCAGUCCAUUCAGCUGGUCCUGUCCCACAACGACCAGCAGACUCUGUCAUUACGAAGCACAGGAGCAGACACCAAUGUGGGUAUAUCCCAGCCUACAGACCAAGAAGCCACCUUAGCUGGUGAGUCAUUCACAAAACUCAUGAACACAGAAUUAGUCCAUAUGCCACACUUGUUUGCCCAGGCCAAGGCAAUGUUACAGAGCCACAUACACUCAAAAUGUGGACAGAUUCUCCAGGGAAACGUCCCUGCCUAUGUAUAUAGUUCCCAGGGGUGUAUGAUUCCAGAAAGUGUACAAGUGGCUCCUUUCACUUGUAACCCAGAAAGCCAGACCUUGGAGCUACAGGCAUCAGCUGGCCUUGACUCACAAGACAAAGUGAUACCCUGGAUGCCAAUGACCCUUGAUCAAGAGCAACAAGAUCCAUCAGCAAUUGUCACUGAACAACCUACGCUGCCACAAAUCUUGUCAGAGGGAGCCAUUGAGAAACUGGAGACGACUUUAAAGCAUAAAUAUAUGACCUUGUCAGAGCUUCCUGCUCUUUAUUGUGUGGCUCUCUCCAGGGCUGUGUCCCCUGAAAACACUACCCAGGCUAUAACCACAAAUAUGGUGGACAAACCUGUAGAAAGCCUAGCAGCAGAAUCUCAGAUUCAGAUGAUCUCAUCAGAAGCACAAAUGAAAAAAGAAAUUGUGCCAGUGAUUCCUGAAAAAGAGUCAGAGCCUGAAAGCCCUAUCUCAACCAAGAAACCCAUCUUGAACAAACUCAAAUUUCACCUGAAAAAGAAGGUUUUAGAAACACAAUUGGGAAUCCCCAUAAAGGCAAGAAAAUCCAGGGAAUUAAUUCUAGCAAUCCCAGAAAAAAUAACUACACAGGAGUCUCUUGAGAAUUUAAACAAACAAGAGGAAGCAUUGCCCAGGGAUUUCUCCAUCCCAUCAGAUAUUACUUGUGGUCCAGAUCCAGAACAGAUCUACCAUAAAAAACAGCUGGGGGUUGAGUUAAUAGCAAUGCAGAAGAAUCAGAAGCAACCUCUUUCCUGCACAGUAUCCCAUGAUUCUGGCCAGUGGGUUUCCAAGAUCCCACAGCCCACUAGUGACAUGACAGCAGCACAAGUGCUCUGUGUUCAGCUGGAGAACAAUGUCAGCACCCCCAACCUAGAUGAGGCCUGGGAUCAUGAGCCCCACAGCUCUAGCAAAAGGAAAGACUCAACCCAAAUCCCCACAUUGACAGAAAAAAGAGAAGAUUUAGGGAGACACAAAAAUGUGGGUAACCAGGGAGAGGGGGACGCAGGGUUUGUACUAGCCUCAAUUAAAGGAAGUCUCCCUGCUGAAGGUCAGUGUCAAAAAAGGACACUUCUGAACAAAACACUACAUAGCCACCAACACCGGAGCCAUCAACACAGUCGCCAGACUAUGCAGAAUGCUUCCCAUCAACCCAGUCGCCAGGAUUGCCCUCAACUUAUGCUUUUAAAGCAAACUCUAGGAACCCAUAAUGAAAAUAAAGGUGAAAAGAGUAGCCUGAGAGGCAGCCAAGCCAAAAUCAGUGCCAUCCACAAACCAGCAAGGAUUCCUCAGUAUGCCCAGUCUGUGAGGUCCCAGAUGUCACAGGAUCAAUCUUUCCUAGGCCAACCAGCUCUGAGAAAGCCCCUGCAGGGUCAAACAUUGCAACAUCGGUUUUUGCAAGGCCAGAGAAUGCCAGUCCCUGCUCACAAGAGUUCCAGCCUUCCAGAAUCUGGCUUGAGAAAUAAGAUGAAAUCCUUCCUACACUGUAUUAGCCCCAAGACAAAAGACAAAAGAUAUCAUGAAUCCAUGCUGUCUAUAACUGAGAAAGUAAUCAGGAAGGAACUUGUCCAAAAGAACCCGGCUUCAGUCAAGAGUCCUAUGGAGCAAACUAAGAGAGAAAAAACAAGCGAGAAUCCCAUGACCCAAUGCACCCCCACUAAGAAGCAGGUGGGCGUGCCCUCUUUGCCAGGUCCCCAGUCCUCUGAGAAUAAGCUUCGGCAUCGCUCCUGCUCCCAUCAACAGCACUCUGAGUCAGUCCUGGGCCCACCCCGCCACUGCCCUCGACACUGUCCUCGAAUGGCUUUUGUCACCCAACUCAGGAACCCACCUUAA